UGAUGUGUCCAAGCAGCAAGCAGUAGACCAUGAAUACCGCCGCUUUGUUUCUGCUAUUUGUGACCGUGACGGUUCAGAGGAGCGAUACUCAAGCUCUCGAUAAACUGCGACUGCGACUAUCUCCUGACCGUCCGGACAAAGUUUACGUGAAAGGAGAAUCGAUCACUUUUACUUGUGAAAGCGAUAUUCCACGUUCAUCCACUGGGUUUUCAUUGUACGGCGGCAGGGAAAGAUUGGAAGUAAUGCCUCAGGCAAACGGAUCAUGGACAAAAUCGGUCAAGUUUCUCCACACGGGCAAUAUAACAGAGAAUUACAUGUGUUUUUAUGGCGCAGACAGGGCGGAAAGUGAAACAUUGACGAUAACUGUGGUGGAUCGUCCUGAGAAACCGAAGCUAUCAGCUGACCGUGACGACAAAACAUAUGUGACAGACGAAGCCGCCCGUUUCACCUGCACGACAAGGUAUCUCUACUCCGAUUGCAGUCUUGAUCUGUAUAGAUUCGGACAACAUGUACCAACAGAAAGUAAGAAAUGCACGUCCUCGUCCUAUGAUGCCAAGUUCACCAUCACGUUCAACAGCGCUGGAUCAGAAGCUUACUAUUGCGUUCAUGCACGGACGGUGUCUGGCAGAGUGGUAUCCUCAGCACCGAGUGAAACAGUGUGGAUUACUGUUGUGGAUGCGGAAAUCACUCCAAAGAUAUCAUUUGAUAAAGCGACUGGGGUGUAUUUGAAAGGCGAGAGAGUGACGCUUAUCUGUACAGUGACUGGCGUGAAUAGCUAUCGUAUCAAAUUUUACAAAGAUAAUCGGUGGCUUUACCAGAAUCAAAUCACCACAACGGGCAACACUGGAACCUUCACCGUCACAGAGAUCAGCCAGGAAGGAGAGUAUCAAUGUGACUACAGAGCCUGGGUUAAAUCUAGGGAUGUAACAUCCAAGCGAAGUGACAGUGUGACGCUUACAAUAGCCGAUCUGCCCAGACCAAGUAUAACAGUGGAUUCCAAUGAGGUUCGUCAAGGGGAACAUGUUACCUUCAACUGUACAAGUCCACGGCAGAGGGCAAACUCGACAUUCUACCUCUACAGGCACUGGGGAUCAAACUACUCGGUUGUCCAGUUCGCGACCGCACAGACCAACUCAGUCACAUUCACCAUCAGAGCUCCAUAUGGCUACAAUAGCGGAAACUACACCUGUGGUUACGAAGCUACUGAGGGCGGAAGGGAGCUAAAGUCGGCGCAGAGUGAUUCUGUACAUUUGUCUAUAACAGCUAACUCUGGUCUGGCCUGGAUUAUACCUUUAGCUGUUUUAACUCUGGUCAUACUGAGUACACUGCUGGUCGUCUACAUUUGGAAAAAAGGGAAGAUCAGAAGCCGUGGGGAAAUGAGGGUCAAUCUGCCUCCAGAGGUUCAAACUCAUGACAACGUCGUCUCGGUCACAGAGAAGAUCAGAAGCCGUGGGGAAAUGAGGGUCGAUCCGCCUCCAGAGGUGCAAACUCAUGGCAACGUCGUCUAUGCCGACCUAAAGAUGAAACCUCUCCCGAAGAAACGCAAAGGCCGGCAAGAAACAUCCCAAAUGAACGACCCAAAUGACACGGUGUAUGCGGCAGUGAAGACCUAGAAGUUUUACAGUCCUCGGCGCAUCCGAACUGUCCGUCUCACAGGUAUAGUCGGCGCCGAACGAAGCAGUCUCAGCUUGCUUCAACUCAUCCAGUGAUAUUUCGUGCUUGCAAUGAACGCUGGAAGAGGUGAAGUGAGCAAAUCCUCAUCACCUCCCCUGAUAUUUCUCUUCAGUCACAGCAACAAGGCCGAUCUAUCUGCUCUGACAUGAGUUUCCCGGAUUAUGACUUCAUCUUCUAUUCAUUAGUUCACCGGGGAUCUUCAGUCUGUGUCGCUGCUUAACAUGGAACGCUGCACGUGGGGACAAGUGGAGGCCCCUCGGCCCUUCGAUUCCUACCCGCAAUUCAAUGAUGUAACUGAUGUUACGGACUCCGUGAAUGUCCCUUUAAGAUAGUGUGUGUGUGUGUGUGUGUGUGUGUGUGCACGCGUGCGUGGGGCGUGCUUACGUCAAUAGAAGAUAAAGGACGUAAUGACGUUGUUGAAGAAGUUAGAAGAAGAAGGAGAAGAGAGAGAGAGAGAGAAGGGAGAGAGACACCAGCCUGCUAGUUUUCUCUAUCGAUGGAUGAGAAACAAUAACUGUGUCUGCCACUGAAAUCCAUGUAUGGAAGUUGGAAGUAAUCCGGUGGAGUUCACUUUGUUGCUGACCUGUAGAAGGAAACAGGUAUUUGUGUGUGGACGACCACGAUUCGGAUGCUUUUCGGGGUGAGGAAGUCACUACCGAGUAAACACUGAAGUGUCGUUUGGGUUCCAUCGUGGAACAUUUGGAUUUCGUAUGUACUCUCUCUAUGUUUUUCUACAUCUACAUCUUAUCUUCAGACAACGGUGGUUGUUGAAGAAGCCCUUGCUCAUGUUUCACCUUAUGGCUUGCGGAACCGAACUUUAAGAACCAUUCCUGAACUUGGAGUUUGGGACUUUGUCACACACACACACACGAAGAGUUUAGUUUUUGGGGUUAGCAUUCAAGGUUUAACAUUUUUGAAUUCUAACAUACUAACAUUUUUACUUUUAUUUCACGUAUGAUCAUAAGUAGUGAUUAAUAAAAUAGUUUUUUAACACUGAAUCAUGCGCAGCGUGUUUCUUUUGUUGCUGGUUCAUGACAAAAUUGGGGCCUCGUCCGGGAUCUAAUCCAAAGAUUAAUGAGUGUCGUCUGGGAUCGUUCCCCAGAUUGACGAGAUUCGUUCGGGAUUCAAUCCAAAGAUUUUUGAGGGAGGUCUGAUAAAUUCUUUUUAAUUGGCUUGUGUGUGUGGAAACCAGCAGCAAUUGAUAUUAAGGCAUUUUUGGAGUCACCAACCCAAAAGGGAUUGGUGGUGGCCAAAAGGGAUGAUCUAAUAAAGAUUGCUACAAGGCUAAACCUUACAGAAGUAAAGCAGUCUAUGAGAAAGGCAGAUAUUCAGAGACUGAUAGCUGGCGAUUAUGGGGAAAAGAAGGUGUUUGAGAAGGAAGUGUUAAAACAGUUUCCUGGCAGUGAAAUAGCAAUUUCUGAGGCACAGGUGCAGCUGGCCAAGAUAGAGGCUGAACGAGAGCAAAAUAAAUUAGAAGCUGAACGAGAACAAAAGAAAUUAGAGGCUGAACGAGAGCAAACCCAGUUGAAGAUAGAGGCUGAACGAGAGCAAACGAAAUUAGAGGCUGAACGAGAACAAAAGAAAUUAGAGGCUGAACGAGAGAUAACUCGGAUGAAGAUAGAGGCUGAUCUAG